CGCUGGCCGGGCCCUGCCCGUCCCUGGCCCCGAGGGGCGAGGCUCCGCUUCGGCCUUCGCCCCCCUUCCCUUCAGGCUUUUGGAAGGGCUGCGGUUGUUGACGUUUAGUUUAAACCCGCCUGGUCACCAGGAGAGGCGUUUACAGGCAUCUGGAGAACUUUGCGGCGUGAGGGAUGUGUCGCUGUUGUUGAAAUACCAAUGUCAAGCUGUCAGCUGAAGUAGAACCAUUUAUUCCUCAGAAGAAGGGUCCAGAAACACUAAUGAUACCAAUGGCACUUCCUAACGACAGUGGAGGAGUUAAUGGCAUGGAACCAACUCCGAUCCCCAGCUACCUGAUCACUUGCUAUCCGUUUGUACAGGAAAACCAAUCCAAUAGACAGUUUCCAUUAUACAACAAUGACAUCAGAUGGCAGCAACCCAACCCAAAUCCUGCAGGACCGUACCUUGCUUAUCCUAUAAUAUCUGCGCAACCACCUGUUUCUACAGAAUAUACUUAUUAUCAGCUGAUGCCAGCACCGUGUGCUCAGGUCAUGGGCUUCUAUCAUCCUUUCCCUACACCCUAUACUGCUCCUUUUCAAGCAGCAAAUGCUGUAAAUACAGUUACUACAGAAUGCACUGAGCGUCCCAAUCCAUCAGGCCAGGUUUUUCCAUUACCCAGUCAGCGGAGCAGAAGCAGUAACAGGGGACCAGUCCUACAAAAACAACAGCAGUUACAGACGCACAUAAAAAAUAAACGUCCUCCAGUGAAAAAUGUUGCCACACAAAAGGAGACCAGUUCAUCAGGUCCUGAGAACAGAUCAAAGAUUGUUUUGUUGGUUGAUGCAUCUCAGCAAACAGACUUUCCUUCAGAUAUAGCUAAUAAAUCACUUUCUGAAAGCGCCUCAACAAUGCUUUGGAAAUCAAAGGGCAGGCGCAGAAGAGCUUCUCACCCUGCUGCAGAGUCCUCUAGUGAACAGGGUGCAAGUGAAGCAGACAUUGACAGUGACAGCGGCUAUUGUAGUCCUAAGCAUGGCAAUAACCAGGCUGCGGCCAUCACUUCGAGAAAUACAGAUUCUUGUGCAAUGAAUGUUGUAGAACCCUCAGUAAAUACAACUGGUAUAAGUUGGACGAAUGUAAAUUCCCAGGCAACCCAAAAAAAACCUUGGAUUGAAAAACCUCAGACAUUUUCUAGAGGUGGAAGACAAGCUGAGCAAAGAAAUAGUUCACAGUUGGGUUUCAGAUGCAGAGAGCAUAGCACAUCUUCAGAAAGAAGGCAGAAUUUGCAGAAACGACAUGAAAAACCUCUGACUACGAGCCAGUCCAGUAGAACAGAGCAGAGUCCUGAACCCCUGUAUUUUGAGGAUGAAGAUGAAUUCCCAGAAUUAAACAGUGACAAUGGCAGCAGCAAAAGUAAUAACAUCCAGCAAAAGAUUUCAUCCAAAGUAUUGGAUGACUUACCAGAGAACUCUCCAAUCAAUAUUGUCCAAACUCCAAUUCCCAUUACAACAUCUGUACCAAAGCGUGCAAAAAGUCAGAAGAAGAAAGCUUUGGCAGCAGCACUUGCAACAGCUCAAGAGUAUUCAGAGAUAAGCAUGGAGCAGAAAAAACUCCAGGAAGCUUUGUCAAAAGCAGCUGGAAAGAAGAGCAAGACCCCUGUUCAGUUAGACUUAGGUGACAUGUUAGCAGCCCUUGAAAAGCAGCAGCAAGCAAUGAAAGCUCGUCAGAUCACCAACACCAGGCCUCUUUCAUACACAGUUGGCAGUGCUGCUCCCUUUCAUACCAAAGAAUCUGUCAACAGAAAGUCCAUAACAAAGGGACAGCCAUCUAUGGGUUGCCUUAAUCCUUUGGAUUCGACUGCCCCAAAAGUGAAAAGAGGAAAAGAAAGAGAGAUUGCAAAACUGAAACGCCCUACAGCACUUAAAAAGAUUAUUUUGAAAGAGAGGGAAGAAAAGAAAGGUCGUUUAUCAGCUGACCACAGCCUUUUGGGAUCUGAUGAUCAGAAAGAGGUUCAUAUAAACUUGACUGCUGAUCAGUCUCAGGAGCUGGCCUCUCAAGAAGAAACUGGACUAAGUAUGCCCAGUGAUACCUCCCUUUCGCCAGCAAGUCAGAAUUCUCCGUACUGCAUGACCCCAGUGUCCCAAGGGUCACCUGCUAGUUCUGGAAUAGGCAGUCCGAUGGCGUCUUCUGCAAUAACCAAAAUUCACAGCAAGAGAUUCAGAGAAUACUGUAACCAAGUUCUAAGUAAAGAAAUAGAUGAGUGUGUGACACUCUUACUGCAAGAGCUUGUCAGCUUCCAGGAACGGAUUUAUCAAAAGGAUCCCAUGAGAGCUAAAGCAAGGAGAAGGCUCGUAAUGGGGUUGAGAGAGGUUACUAAGCAUAUGAAACUCAACAAGAUCAAGUGUGUCAUCAUAUCUCCCAACUGUGAAAAAAUCCAGUCAAAAGGUGGGCUGGACGAGGCUCUAUAUAACGUAAUAGCCAUGGCACGUGAACAAGAAAUUCCUUUUGUCUUCGCUCUUGGACGUAAAGCCCUUGGCCGUUGUGUGAACAAGCUGGUUCCUGUUAGCGUAGUGGGUAUCUUCAACUACUCAGGUGCUGAGGACUUAUUUCAUAAGCUGGUGUCACUGACUGAAGAAGCCAGAAAAGCCUACAGAGAUAUGGUUGCUGCGAUGGAACAGGAACAGGCAGAAGAAGCCUUGAAGAAUGUCAAGAAAGCACCCCACCAUAUGGGUCAUUCUCGAAACCCCUCUGCAGCAAGUGCUAUCUCAUUCUGCAGUGUUAUUUCUGAACCCAUAUCUGAAGUGAAUGAGAAAGAAUAUGAAACAAACUGGAGAAAUAUGGUGGAAACAUCCGAUGGCUUAGAAACCUCUGAAAAUGAGAGAGAAUCCUCAUGUAAAACUACGGCACCAGAAAAAGCUGGUAAUGGUCAAAAUGAAAAAGCCACUCUUAAUAAACAACCACUUCUGGCUACAACUGGCACUACCUCAGCAACAAAUCCUGGAAAAUCCACACUAGGUGACAAAGAUGAGGUGAAACCAGAUGACAAUCUGGAGUGGGCCUCACAGCAGAGUACAGAAACAGGGUCACUGGAUGGCAGCUGCCGGGAUCUUUUGAAUUCCUCCAUGACCAGUACUACCAGUACGCUUGUACCAGGGAUGCUAGAAGAGGAGGAGGAGGAAGAAGAUGAUGAGGAGGAGGAUUAUGCCCAUGAACCAAUUUCUGUAGAGGUUCAGCUUAACAGCAGAAUUGAAUCUUGGGUUUCAGAGACCCAGAGAACUAUGGAAACUCUUCAGCUCGGGAAGACCCUUAGUGGUGCCGAAGAAGACAAUGCAGAACAAAGCGAAGAGGAGGAAAUAGAGACUUCGGAGCAGGCUGAUCCAGUCACUGAUGGUGAGGAAUGGACAAAUGAUAAGCAUGCAGGUAACACUCAACAUAAACCUGUUAUCUGCAGUUCUUUGAAUAAAGAACACACAGAUUCCAUCUACAUGCCGUAAAAAAAAAAAAGCAGGAGAACUCAGGAACUUUUUAGAAAUUAUACUAAAACUAACUGUUGUAAAGGUUGCAGCCAUUAUUUCAUAUGCUUCAUCUCAACAUUUUGCACUGUUAAACAUUUAAUAUGUGUAUUUCAUUCACAACAAUAUUUUUGUAGCUGUGUUGUUCCUUGUUUGGUUUAAAAACUAGCUUAGCUUUUAAGCAGCGUCUUAUUUCUCAGAAAAGAAACUGUGUGGAAAAUAUUCAAUAAAGUAUUCAUUUCACCUUUUGUAAGAGGAAACAUCUUAUAACUGACCUGUUUUAAGCAAAAUUCUUUUAACGUGUGACUGUUUUGCUAGUUUUCAAGCAGAUAACCUGUGUUAAGGCUGACAAAUUACCAACACUUUAAAUUGGUGUUUUGGUAUUAUGUCAGGCACAUCAGUAUAUUUGGCUGUGAUUCUUCUAGUUCCAUCUAGAAAUAAAAGUAAAGUGUUGGUUCUCUUCAACGAAAAGCUACAAAACCCCACUUGCAGUCUUAAUGAAAAGUAAAUAGUAGAGAAAUCUGUGUGAUUCUUAUGCAAAGAUAAACGCAGCUUUUUAAUAGAUCUUGGUGAAACAGGAAAUAGAUCUUGUUAAAAAGCUGCUGAUAGUUGAGAUGGUUAUGAUAUUAAGCUAUAACAACUUUCAUUCCAGAAGAUCUUUAAACCAGAUGGAUGUAAUUAAUAAUAUUGUUUACGAGGUGGAAAUAUGGAAAAAAAAAAAAAAUGGGAAAGAAAAAUACCCCAUAUUCUCCACAGUUGCUGUCUGCCCAAACCACACUAAGUGAAUCACUAAGCAUUAUCCCUCUCUGGGGCUCUUGGUAUCCUGAUGACUUCCUUUUUCUCCUGUCAGUUACCUCAGGAAUGCUGCUUUGCAUAUUAUAAUCUACAUAACAAUGCAAAGAGUAAGAAUAAUUGUUUAACAGCAAAUGUGGAUGAUGUAGUGGUUCAGUGUAUCUACAUGUUCAUCUGCAUGCUUUGAUCCUGGCCACCCUCAUGUUGAGUUCAGGAUGUAUCCUAACAAUUUCUGCUCAAAAUGUGACCUCUUUUUGUCUAUCCUCACAGUUGUAGCAGCAUUAGGAGUUGACCUUUAGAGCUGAAAAGGAAGUAGUUAUUCCAGGAAAGGAGGAAGUGCCCUGUAGUAUGGGGAAGUAUUUGAGUGGUUCAGAGGUAAAAAAACCAAAAAAUAUGCCCUUCCUGAAUACACAUUGCUAGAGAAUUGUUCUGUGUUUUCUUCUGAAUAUUGAAACAAAAUCCAUUAACUGAUGAUGAAUUCAUUUCGGAUUGAAGAUGGAGUAUGUGUCUAAACGUUGCAUCUAAGGAGUCUGUUUUUCAUCUUUGCCGUAUAUUGGUAAGGGACGUACAACUGCCAGCAGCAGGAGCUUCACUACAAGGAGUAGCCAAAGAAUAACUCACGCGAAUAACACUUUCACAGUAAACAUGUUUCUUUUAAUUCUACUUGAUUUUUCCUGAUCACUUUUAUCAAAAUGCUGAAAAACACAAGGAAAUGAUAGCUUAGGUAUUCAGCUGACAUGUAUUGGUAUGGGACCAACUCUUAUAGUACUAGGGAUGCUGGCAUUUUAAGUUGCACUGGGAAAAUAAGACUCCGGGUUUAGAAAACAUCUACCCCUGGAUUUUUUUGGAUGCUAAUGAGAAUAAUAGAAACUGUGUAUUAUGUAAAUAAUGCUUUGAUAGGCGUAGGCAUAGCAAAUGCUAUGUAGAUAAGCAGUAUAGAGAGCUGCUAGGACAACUGGCUGUUCUGUCACGUUCUUAGUUCCUUAAUGUAAUCUCCUUAGAUGUUAGAACAGGCAUUUUAUAGGAAAACAAAGACUAAGAAUGAUGCCUCCUGAAUGUUCAAACUUUUAUGUAUGACAGAUUUCUACUGUCUAUUUUGAAAGAGUGUUUGCUUUAGGAAAUGAUAGGUGUUUGAACUGCUGACAAGCAAAACUUGCCCUUGGAUGUGUAAGCACGUCUCCACGCCAGCCGAGAUCAGUGUGUACACUGAGGGCAAAGCUUCACCAGAACAUCAAAAAGCAAAGGUGUUUGUAGUUCUUCCUUUUGCUUUUUCAGUGCCAGUGAUUCAAAUAACUUUUGAUCUUGAAGUAUUAACAUCAAAGGCGCAUCUUUUUAUAUGUCUUUUUCUGAACUCGGACUGUCAUUUUAAAGUUUUCUGACAUUUAUAUCAAAAGUCUUGUAAUAUUCAGCCCAAUAUUUAACUGCAAUUUUGCUACAGGUUUAAUAGAAUUCUUGAAGGUGAUAUAGCACUUCUAAUAUCUCUCAAUUUGCCAGCAAAUGAGGAACUAGUCUCUUUUUAAAAACGGGGCAAAUCACCCUUAAGGGAGCAAACUCAAACCGAGCAAAGGAAAGUGGUUUUAGUGCUUCCUUUUUGAUAAGCUGGGAAUGAGCAAUAACUGUGAGAACGGAAUUGCAGUUCUCCUGGGAGUGAUCCGUUUGCAUUUAAAGUUAGGGACGUUCCUUGACACUUAGAGCACUUGAGGAGAGUAUCUCACUGUGGUAAUUUUGAUUCUAUUAUCACCAGAAUUUAAAAGGAAAGCAUACAAAUGUUUUACAGUACCAUGAUUUUUUUAAACAAGUAGCUGUAUUUCUAUUUCGGUAUGAAAGUAUGCAGUUUGUUAUCCAGGUUGUUACUGUCCCCAAGAAAAGAUGUUUCUGUAGUUAUAGGUGUAUAGAUAUUUUUGUUGUGGAAAUGAUUAUUCAAAAAACUCUACUUUUCUUAAGACGUUCUUUAUAGAAAUGAUUUCACCACUUAAUUUAUCUGGUAAAAUAAAACAUAAUGUAUCUGUGGUAGGGGUAGGGAUCUUUAAAAGUGAUAGCGGUGGCUAUGUAUGCAACCUAUUUAUAUAAAUAAGUGUAUGUCAAAAUAAUAACAAAACGUGGAUUACAGAUACGUAAAAUUCUGAAGAACUUUUGUCCUUAGUCGGACCAAGUGAAAAUGUCUGAGUGAGGUUAAGGACCUGGUCCUGCUAACACACGCUCAGGAGCGUUCGUUCCACUGGCUUCGAUUGGUGGCCUGUUUAUCAGCUUACGUUGUGUGCAGGUAGUUGUAGGAUUGGAGCUAAACAGUGGCAGAGGGUACUGACCUGUGUUUUAAAAAUUCAUUAUAGAAAUGUUCAGUAAUGCACUUGUUGGUGUUCUUCUGGUAAAGAUAAGAGGUGUCUUUAUGCUCAUUUGGGUGGGUGGGAGCUUACAUGAUGUGGGGUUCUGUCCGGUUCUUUAACACGAGCUUAAAUUUUAAUGAUGUUACUUUAAAUACGUAUGUAAAAAAAGUAUUAUCGUUUGAAAAGCUGCUGUUUGCUGAAACUGUCAUUAAGUAUUUUCUGUGAAGUUGUGCCAACUAAUGAAACCAUUGAGUCGAUGGCGCUGUUAGCCAGUUCAAAAUUAGACAUGACAAUUUGUUAAGGAAACAAAACCCAGCCAAAGCAAGCCAUAGAAACAGAUCACAGGGGGUUUCUACCCACCCUGCCACACACAAAGAAAUGUGAGAAUGUCUAACCCGAAACUUCCAUGCCAGUGAAUGGUAACGCUGAAAGUAGAAACCCAGUUGGCACAGCCCACCUUCUAAAUGUUCAUAAAUAGUUCAUAUAUUUUACUUUUAAAUAGAUUCUAAUAAGGAAAGCUGUUUAAUCUUUAAUAUCUUAAAAUUUAUAGUAACAUUUAGGUUAAAGCAGUAGAAAAAUCAUUAUUAAAUACAAUAUGAAGGGGUUUGUUCCAUUUCUUUUUUGCUGUAUGAAGGAUAAUUGUUCUGUCUACCGUACUUUUUGGAGUAAUAACAGCUUUUUUGCACUAUGUAAAUACUAGUGGGAAUUAUUCCAUAACUAAUA